UAGAAUUUGUCUUAUUCUAAUUGUAAAUAUUGUUUUACUUUCAUUAUUUUAAGCAUUUUAUGAUAACAUAAUUAAUUCUAUAUGUAAUAUGUCUCUGUAAUCCAACAAACAGUAGACAGACUCACUCCAAAUUUUCAGUUAGGAACUACAAUUUUAUUCUCAAAAUUGACAUAUGCAUUUCAGGUUGGCUCAGUACAUCCCAACCCCUCCUCAGUGCUAAUUUUUAAAAAUAAUAAAAACGAAAAUAGUCAGUUCAUGACAACAAAUAUACUAACAGAAAAAAUUUUUUCUUACACACUUACUCUUAAAGAUAAAAAAAUUGUGCAUGGGACACCAACACAUCGUAGAGGUAUUGUACAAGUUCAAAGAGCACUUGAAGUGUUUAAUACCACCGGAUAACCUCAUUACUAAAAACAACUUUUUAAUGACUAUUUUGUAGAAUUAAUAAUGGUGUAUAAAAACAACAUAUAUUACUUACUGUUAAAAUAUAUAGUGAUAUAAACAGUUUAUGAACAAUAAUUUACAAAAAACCAAGUUAAAACCUUAGCACCUUUCUUUUAAUCAAUCCUAACUGAAAAUUUGCUGAGAGUCCGUUUACCAUUUGUUGGAUUACAGAGACAUAUUACAUAGAGAUCUAAUAUACAGCAAUCCAGUUAUAUAGUAACAUACUUAAGUUUAAUGAUUAUUUGCCUCUCAUUUCUUCUUGUAAUUUGUUCUCUUAAAAGGAAAGUAAUUCUAUAAAAUAAAUAAAGUAAAAAAGUAAGAUGUUUAAAUUGUAUUGAAAAGGUUUUGUGAUUUAAAAUCUCAAAUUAUAUUUUAUAGAUUGUAAGCGAAAUGGCAUCUGCAGCGGGACUAAAUUGUAAAGUGGAUCCUGCAUUAGUAUCAUCUUUAAGAUCACAGAAAAGUGACUUAGGUGAAGACGAGUAUCAAAUUGCUUGUCUGCUGAUGGUAUUUGUGGCUGUUUCUUUACCGAAAUUAGCUCGGAACGAAGGUUCUCACUAUAAAGCCUCUUUAGAAGAAGCUAUUAAUGGCAUUGCUGGAGCUCUGUUUACAAUCUGUGGGCAUGGAGAUAUUGAAGAAAGACUAAAAGAAUUUCUUGCGUUGGCUUCAUCCAGUUUACUGCGUUUAGGGCAGGAGAGUGACAGAGAAGCAAUACGUAAUCGGGAAUCCGUUUAUCUUCUGCUGGACUUGAUAGUCAAAGAAUCGCCCUUCUUGACCAUGGACUUGUUAGAAUCUUGUUUCCCUUAUGCAUUACUGAGAAAUGCCUAUCAUGCAGUGUAUCGUGCCGAUAAUGUGUAAAAUAUGUUUGUAUAAACAUAUACAUACCUAUAUAUAUAAAUAUAUAAA